GUUGGUCUUUCAUUUGACGUUUAAGAUGCAUUGAUCCGAAGAACUGGGAUGUUUGUAAAAUCUACACCUCUACGGUGUUGAAGCAUGGCCUUAAGUCGGGGGCAUUACUGCUGGUUGCUUAUACACCUCCUAGGUGUAUAACUGGAUUACAAAUGACUAUGAAGGUGUUAAAAUAGCCAUAAAAUAAAGGCAAUUGUGUCAUGGUUCAUCAAAUUCAGUGUUAUAAUUUAUGAUGGCUGCCGCAACAAGCAGUUCUGGGUCCCAUCAGAGUGAAGGUAACGCAAGUGACAUACAGAGCCUGAGGAAGUGGGCUGCUGCUGAACGGUACUUACUGACAGAACACCAGCUGAGAAUUUUCUACCAUAGCUGUUAUUUUAAUGUUGAGAGAACAAAAAAGUGCAUUAAUGUGUAUUUCUCUAUACGUAGUGGCACUCCAGAGUUGUUUGCAAACAGAGAUAUUAGACGUCCAGAACUGCAAAUGGCACUUUCAGCUUUAAAUUACGCUGUUUUGCCAGUUUGUGACCCUGCUGGUCACACUAUUUUGCUUCAUAGUCUAUGCAAUUAUGAGCCCUCCAGGUACGUGUUCAGUGAUGGAAUUAAACUAUUGUUGAUGAUGAUAGAUGCCUGUGUCCAUUCAGAUGGAACGUCACCAGGUUACGUAAUGCUUUUUGAUAUGAAGGGAGUCCAGAGUGGCCAUCUCACUAAACUUAAUAUUUCUUUACUUAGGAAGUUUUUCCAGUACAUACAGGAGGGUAUGCCUAUUCGCUUACAUGCUAUACAUAUUGUAAAUGUUGUUCCAAUCAUGGGAAGAAUAAUGAGUCUCACGAAGCCAUUCAUGAAAAAGGAAUUGCUUUCACUCUUACAUCUUCAUCCAGCAGCUGAUGGAUAUGACUCCUUGUAUGAAUUUAUUCCACGAAACUGUCUCCCUAGAGACUAUGGUGGUGUUUUGGACUGUGUUGAAGAUCUUCAUGCUGAUCAUGUUAAAAGACUUGCAUCACUGCAAAGCUUAUUUUCCAAAGACUAAAUUUCAUUUUAUAAUUUUGAUUUUCAAAUGAGACAAUGUCUAUAAUGAGUUGUUGCAGGUAAAGUUCUUAAGCAAUUUCUUUUGAAUGCAAUGUCUUUCUGUGAUUUAAGUUACUGACAUGAUAAUGUGACUCAGAGAAGUAUUAUGGUUGCUACUGUGAAACAGACUGAUUUUAAGGUACAAAUUGAUAAAGCUGUUGCUUGAGUAUUGUUGUAUUGAAUGAAUAUUUUUCAGUAUUAUUGGCCUUCUUGCCAAAAGUAGUAUGAAGUGCAUAUUUAAGGUACUUAUUUUUGUGUAAGAAGCAUAGAUUUUGUGAAACAAGUAUUAUGCUUUUUUGUGCUGAUUUAGUAAUUUAUAUGAAGUUAUUUAUUCGUGUGAUAUAUAUAUUUUUUAACAUAUUUUGAGAUUUUGGGAAUCUCAUGAUUCAGUUACUAAUUGUUCGAUCCUGUGAUAGACUUAGCGACAUUGAUUAAUGUAGAAAGUUUACCUGCUUUUUGUGUGUUAUGUGAUAUUCAGUUACACAACAUUUACUUCGCUGGGCAGGUUACUUUUACAUGCUCCAUGGAUCUCUUGUCCUUUAAAGAUAAAGGCUAGUGUUUUUUAAUAAAACUACCAAACAUGGGCUAAGUCAUUUACUUGGUAAUUUUUUUAACACUCUACUACUGUGGAUGUUUGUUGUUUAAUCACUGAUAAGUGACUGAAGGUCUAAUAAAUUUUCACAUCAUGGGUAAUGUUCACAAUUGUUUCUCAGGUUUUAAAGGUGUACAGCUAUAUUAUUGUUACAAAUGUGAUAAGUAUAACCUAAGUGAUUGAAUACUAUAUAAUAUGUGGCUGUGUGUAGUAAACAAGAUGAAUGGGAAAUUAAUUCCAUCUCAUCUAUGAUAACAGCUUUAAUUAUCAUGUUUCUAAAAGUGUAGAAAAUUUUUGUACUGUUAUCAAGUGUAGAUGUUUAGAAGUUUGGUUAUCUCUCGACUGAACAUUUGGUAUGUUUUCCACCUAAGCAGUGUUCUAUUGAAGAUAUUUUAAAUUUCCUUUGUGAAAAAUCUUUAUUUAAGAAUUGCGUUGUCAGCCUGAUAAGGUGGUUUUAUGUGAUUGAUCCAAUACAUGAACUUGUGGUGUAGAUUUUUAAUCUGAUCCAUAUUUUUGUAAAGCUAAUGCCAUACAAUUGUUUUAGUAUUUUUGUAAACAGCUCAAGAAUUACUGAAAAGGACUGUCUUCUGCAUCAAAAAUGUCUGUAUUUUUCUUUCUAGGGAAAUGGCUUUCUUCCAUAUGUGAACUAUGUGCUUACUGGUGGAAAAAUAUGCUGAAAAUAUUUUUGUACAUGGUCUGCUUUUUACUCUUAGUGACAUGAUUGUCACUUUAAGGAUUCUAAAGCUUGCUGAAUAUCUUUAAACCAGGGGGUUUUCAGUUUUGUCCCAUUAUUUCAUCUUUUUUUCUUAUUUUGCCAGUUUUUUCUUCCUUUUGCCUUUCUACUUCUUUAAGUAUACUGUUGAUCUUCCUAUAACUUCCAGGUGUUUGCCAUCAUUUUCCUUCACUUCAAGUGUUUUAUUCAUAAUAUUCUUUCUUAAUGUGUGUCAUAUGCUUCAAUUUGGCUUUCUGUUCAAUUUCUUGCAUGUUGUCCAUACUUCUUGUGAUAUGUAAUCCCAAUUACCAUUGAUUGGUUUUGCUUUUGUCCAGAGUAUUGUGAUGUCUGAUGCUUACAAGUACGCCAUUUGAAAGUUAUUUGCUUUCCAGUGUUCAUUUGGCUUUUUCUUUUAUUAGCACUACACCUGGUCACUGAAUUUCUAUGACUUUUGUUGCUUCUUCCAUGUACUUAAAAGUUCUUAUGAUACAUACAUUUCAUCCUUUGAUUGGGAAUUAAUGCAUUGUUUUCAGCUAUUAAAUACACUGAACUUCCUCAGAAAGUCUCUUUUUGGAGAUUAUUGUUCUGUAUGAAACUACACAAGCCUGCCUUACUGUACGUAUUAGGCCUGCUGUAACAAAGUUGGUGCUGCUUCACUUAUGUUGUUAUGUUGCUCUUUCCCAAAUUGCAAUGAGGAUCUGGUGAUCAAAUUGUGUUAGAAACAGCAGUACGUUUUUGAGUGUUAUGUAAGAAUUUUCUUCCACAUUUUAGAGAAACUGUAGAAAUGUUAUGAUAAGGAACAAUUUGAAGGUUGUUUCGAACUGAAAUCUAAAUAUUCAGUACAUGAAAAUAAUAUUGUGUAGCUGUCUGUGUGAUCUUCAGGCAUCUGUGUGUUGCUGUGAGAGUAAAGGUGACCUGAACUGUGGCAAGAAACCUCUUCUUUUAAAAAUGAAUUUUUGGCCUAGCAUCAAUGCUGACAUUAUCUUGCAUGUGAAUGAGUCAUAAAUAUGAUUUGCAAAGAUAUUUGAGAUACCCAGAAUAAUAACUGCAGAUCCCAACCAAACUUUGUUCUGAAAAAGAUAUUAUCUGUUUUGAUCCAAACUGUGAGAAAUUAACACUACAACUUGAUAUUUUAAUGGUCUUUAACAUUUGGGUUUUCAUGUCUGCCUGCAAAUUCUUGAACCAUAGUUAAUAGCUUUUUUAAAAAACAAAAUGUGUUGUGUAAUAAGAAAAAAAUGAACAGAGGAAAAAAUGAAGUGAAAUAGAAUUCUCCUGUUGCAACAUCUUAAAAUAGUGGUUCUAGAUUCCACAGUUGUCAUUGCCAUUACCACCAUUAUGAAGAAGCUUGGUAUAGAAGUCAUGGUGUAUGUUUCAGUUGUUUCAUGAGUUCAUUGUGUUUAGCCUUCUUUACCAUCCUUUGUUCACUAUACAUCUGUUAUAAAUUAAAGAAUAAUAUGUGACGUUGUACUUCUAUUCAUAAACUGAACUGUUUAAUGUGCUUCUGCAUCAGAGAAAUCUAAACCAAUUUUACAUUAUCAAAUUAUAAAGUAAACACAGACAAGCUCAAUUAACAUCUUUUUUUUAUCAUUUCAUCUUUGAAGAAAUGCCAUUCUCUGUGUCAACAAACCUUCCUUGUUCAUUUUAUUAAAUGUGAAAAAAUGUUAUUCUUUUGCUGCAGCAAUAACAUCACACCAUUGGUUUGGCAGUAAACACACUGAAUCUCCCAUUUCUUCUUGUGUAAGUGCAAAAUCACUAUCCACAUCUGACCUGAAAAAAUUGUCUUACAGGAUUAAAAACAUUAUUUUUCACAAAAUACAUUCCAAGACUGACUUGAAAAUUUUUGUCUUGUGCAGCACUAAAUCAGUCCAAAUGAUGUGCUUAUUAGCACUGAGCUUUGACAUCAGCUGAGGCAAAACUUAAAAGAGCAAGAACCAAUAACGUGACAGACACAGAAAGCUACAUUUCAGAUUAUACUUUCAUAACUGCAUGGUCAUUGUUAAACACCUGAAUACCAUAACUGUACUUACAUAAAUAAAAUGUUGUUUCAUUCAAAAUGUGAGAUGUGGGAAAAGCUUGUUGAAAAUCAGCAAUAACAAAUAGAACACCACUAUUAUCUUUGUUCGAUUGUGUUUUCACUGCUGCCACAUGAGCUAAGUGCACUUUUUAUGGUUGUAGGUUCAGGGCUGUGCACGUUUCACAAAUCCUCCAAGUAUUUGUUAAAGGUAAAUUACAACUUAAGUUGAAGCAUGUAUUGAAUACUUCACAUUAUGCAUGAUGCUUUAUGGGUAUUAUUUUUUGCUACUGAUCAGAUUCUAUACUAGUAUCAGCAAAUUUUCAUUGCAUUGGUUAAAAGUGAAGUAUGCACAUGUUCUCAUGGAGUGGACAGUAGAUAUGUAUGAUUUGAUAGGACUUUUAAACUGAUUGUAAUGAGAAGUAUAUUUUGGGAGCAGCAAAUACGUUUCACAGCUUCAUUGGCUUCUAUACUAAUCUUCAGUGAUCUGUCUGUAUGCCAUGCUUUUCUAUAGUCAGGCAUCAGUAUACUAGGUUCUCUGACUGAAUUAGGAAUAUAUUGCAUUCUGUGUUAAUGUGUAAACUAGUAAUGUAAAAUAUCAGCCCACCAUGUUACACGACUUUUAAAGCACAAGCUUCUUACCUCUGACAGUUCUUAUCAACAUACAGUAACACCAAACAAGUUAAGGAAUGCCUGCUGGCACAGUGGCAUUGCUUCACUCUUCACCAUAACAUGACAUUUGCUUGUAAACUGUGCCUACUUUCAUCACCAAGAAGUCUGUCAUUUUUUUCUAUCAUUAGAGGUUAAUUUUUCUGGAUUAGAUUAACCAAUAGGCAUUUUGUUUAUAAUGAACACCAGUUGCAUAAAUGUCUAAAAACUUGUGGAUCACAUAUUCUUUACAUGGUGUAUCUUUUGUGAAAUGUGAUUUGCCACUGUUUCUGCACAACACCCUUUUGUUUAUUACACAUUCAGUUGGCUUUUCCACUGUUUCUGCACAACACCCUUUUGUUUAUUACACAUUCAGUUGGCUUGUCCACUCUUUUCUCUCUCUCUCUCUCUCUCUCUCUCUCUCUCUCUCUCUCUCUCUCUCUCUCUCUCUCUCUCUAUCGCCUCCCUCCCCCACUUUUUUUUUAAUUCCAGGACAAUCCAAACAGAUGUGGACACUACCAUUAACCUUAUUGUGGCCUUGUUGUGUCAUUUUUACUCCAAGAAUAUGUGCAUUUUCACUGUAGACAAAUUUUAAAUGUACCAAAUGAGAGCUCUGCCAUGCUACAAUUCAUUUGAUACUUCCAUCACAUGAAAUGUAGGUGGCAGUAGUAUACAGUCACAUCUCUAUCUCAAAACUUGAGGUUGGUUGGAAUCUGGUGGUAUUAUUCAGAGCACUACUUGCAAAUUUCCCUCUGAAUUUUUUGAGAUACUACCUUGUUUACAAACUUGGCACUAUUAAGUACUACAUCACCUAUUGGAGUAGAGGCGAAUGGGGAAAUUAGAACCCACAUCUUAUACUGAAGUUAACUACUAUCAAAUCAAAUCUUUAUCGUCAUGUAACAUGUGUCAUACAAUCAAAGAUUGUGACAUAGGUGACUUAUCAGCUAAAACACUAUAUACAGACAAAUAAAAGUAAUCUAAGGUAAAUACAUAUGUUGUUAGUUCUUCAAACAGGUACUAUUCUAUGUGAUUAUAGUUAACAAAAUAAUCUACAGCUGCAACACAUUUUUUCUUUGUUCUGCGUCGGAAAAUACAAGUAUUUGUUGUGAAUUGUUGACAUAUUUUACAUUUCCUUUCAUAACUAUAAGAGAUCAAUUACAAUGAAUAAAAAAGAAAAUAAAUAUAGCUCAAUUACUGAUACAUAUAGAGAUUAUUUGUACAGGUGAAAGUGUUCUACUCCUCCGAAAGGAAUCCUUAAUGUAUAUAAACAUAUAGUGGUAAGAAACUCAUUGAAGGCCAUUUCAAAGCAGCUUCCACUAGAGCUUUUUAAAUGUUUUGAAAGUUUGUUGUAAAAUUUAGUCCCACCCUUAUAUACACUUGGCAGCAGUAAGCACUCAUACAUCAGUUACAUAUGUGUGAUAUGCAUACACUAAACUAUAGUAGACAAUACUCAUUUGCUCAUAAUUAAACUUGUGACACUGUCCUCAUAGCGUAAAUUGAUUUUUUAAAUUAGUGCUUAAGAAAUCAAUAUGUUGCUUCCAAGAGAGAUGUCAAUGUAACAUAUUGCCAAGAAAAGCUAUUUUGUCGUUCAAUUUUAUUUCGGUACCAUCAUCAGACACAACUCUCCAUUGCACUUCAUCUGGUUGGUUGUGUAUUUGAAAGUCCAUUAGAUUUGUUUUACUGAUGUUCAAGCUUACAUGAUUCUUUUGGAAGUAAUUCUUCUGUCCAAGUAAUAAACGGAACAAUUUUGGGCCUCGUCAUUCACGUUGUCCCCCCCCCCCCCCCCCCCCCCAGUUAACUAUUGUUGUAUCAUCUGCAUAGUUAAAGGACCAUGCUGUUGUGUUCUGUGGACAGAUCAUUAACUCAGUUGAUCCAGGAAGGUUUCCCAUUCAAAUCUUUUAUGACUUACGGUUUGUUUUGUGUUUGAAAUGUAGAUAAAUUGUAAAUACCAUUUUCAUGAUUCUAGCAAUACAUUUAGUAACAAAUAAUGCAUGUUCCAGAAUGGAACAGUGGACAUGGGCAGUUACAGGUACCUAACAUAUAAUGAUGGGAGAAAUGAGUGUGUAUUUUUUAUUUUUACAUUUAUUUUUCCGACUACAUAUUUUAAAAAACUUAUUCACUCAUUAUACUGUGUGUAAAUAUAUGACCAAAUAAUGGAAAACAAUUUUACAGUAUGUUAGUGAGUUCUGUCACAACUUUAGCGUAUACAGAACUGUUCAAAACAAUUUGUGUGGUAAGGAACUUUACGUUUUUGGCAUUAUUUCAUUGUAUUUGCCACAUCUUAGUUUUUUGCCUAAUGGUACAAUCAGAUUAUUUUGCACAUUUUAGAGUACAUCACAGAGCACCCUUUUGUGUAAUGCUUUCAGUUUUUGAACUAGAUGGGCUGGUGACUGUCAUGAGCUGUACUUCUGAAAGUAGCAGUUUACCGCAUACUUCGUGAAGACUAGUAGAUCCACUGGAUUGAUCUUGUACUGUAGAGUUUGUCUGUAUAGUAAACAAGACUGAUUUAUUUAGUGGAAAAGCAAGAAGUUGGUAGUACCAUUUCUUUUUUCAGAAAUUAAUACUGUCUAUUCCAAUAGUUUCAUUAAUUCUGACAACUCCUCCCAUGUAAGUGUAAUAUCUAACAACUGCAGUAGGUGUAAUUAUGUCAAUAAAGAUUCUCAUUCUUACUGCAUCAUUUAUAUUUUUAACUUGGUUGUAUGCGUCUUCUGUUUGAGGAAUGGUAAGAAUAUUAUUGUCAUGGCUGUGAAUCAGAGUCAAUCCAGAUUUAUUAUCGAUUACUUGAUCAUAUGAUCCUACUGGAGCUUUUCCAUUUUCUGACAAUCUUGCAGAGGAGCAUCUGCUAUCCUGUUGGAAUGAAUUGUUCCAGUGCAGUAAUUUCUUUCAGUGCAUCCAGAAGUAGCAAUUAAGUAAAAAAGUUAUCAAAAAAGAAAUCAUAUGUCUAUUCAGUUGCAAAUAGAAGUUUUGAUGCUAGGUCUAAAACAAAUGACCAACAUACACCAAGUUAAGGUGUAGUGUUUCCUGUUGCAGCACCCUGUUAGGUUUCACCUUGUGUAUAGACACCAAACUUCAUAACCAAACCUUAUCAGUUUAUCUGCCACAUGUUGUUUUUUACUGUGUCUACAACAAUAUGGAAUCUUGUCUUCAUCAGUACAUAGCAGGUUUUCAUUAGAGAAAGAUCUUAGCCAUUUAUUAUUCAAGAGUUCCUGAAUGGAUCGUACUCUUGAAAAUCUGUCAUCUUUGUAAAUAUUUCACAAAUUUUUCAAAUCUUCCUGUUGACACAGCUCAUUUCCCAAUACAUACUACGUCUUGGGUACAGGGUUGUAAGCUGUCAGAAGAAAUAUGGCCAAUAACACUUACUUCUGCACUUCACACAUUGAAUAUUAUAUCUGCAUGCUGAUGAGCAUAAAUAUUUCUGUAAUUAGCUAACAUGUCCAGGAUAAUGUCUUUACAGAGCAGCUCAAAUAGCUGUACUGGUGACAUUUCUUCUUCCAAAAUCCUGCAAGCAUCCAUGUUUUCAUUUUUACUUCAUUGACAUCAUUCUGAAUCCACUUCUUAUCAGCCUUCUUUCCUCUUCCAGUAACAGGAAUCGUACGUGAGUUAGAACAUUCCAGAGUGAAAACAUCAUUCGGGCUGGUGGUACCAGAAGUUUAAUCUGAUGGCUCAUUAGACUCCUUAGGCUAUAACUGUAAUAUAAAACAUUAACUUUCUAGAAACCAUAAAUCAUAUUUUUAUGGUUACAGAUAAAUAUUCAAGAACAUUCUAAAACACAAAUUUCAUAACCAGACUCUUCAGUUGGUACUGCAGUAUAAUAAUUACCUCCUGGGUAACAGUUUCCCAAUCACAGUAUUUUGUAACUUUUGCUUCUGCAACCAAUCUUAACUGGUUGCCAGUUAAAUGAUUUAUGUCAUUUUCACACUCAUCACCUGAGUUUUCAUCUGACUACCAUCAUCAGGGGGGAUAUACUUAUAAAUCUCCCUCAAAAAUCAGCAUCUUCUUCCAGUAAGGCUGUAAUGUCUUCAGCAGUCAACCUGAAAACCAAGUGCUUACAAUUAUUUCAACACCCCCAUUCAGUACAAUUGUUCCAAAAAUGGAAUACUGAGCUAUAAUGCAUUAUAAUCUGUUGUUGAGAACUAAUUAAGUGUUUUACAGUAGCUGGUUUGUGAUAGUAUUUUAUUUCGCUGGAAUAGUUUUGGGCACUGCCCAUCAACAGUGGCAUCUGUAUUAUACAAAAGACACACAUUUUUUUUAAAUAAUAAGUUACUUAAAGUGUAUGUUGUAGAGUUGUAUGUACAAGUAUCUGUGAUUUUUCAGUUCAGUUUUAUUUGUCUUGCCUUAUACGUAAUGUUCUCUAGCUUAUCCCAGUGACAUGACACAAUGCCUGUCAGUCCUACAUAUUGCCAAAAAAGGCAGUUUACUAAAUAUUUUGGAACAAAAAGAAAUUUUCACAUAUGUAACAAAACAUCCUGACAUCUUAAAAUGGAAAUAUAUAUACAUAUUAAGAUCUUGUUUGAAUACGUCUGCUAACAGAGAUAAUACAAAUUAGAAGUAAUAUAUAUUCUGGGAUAUACACCAAAAAUAACCUUUGCUUGUACAGCAGUUGCCAAUAUGUGUACAUAAAUCAAGUAAUUGAAUUAUGACAUGAACAUAAAGAAAUAUUGUCAUUGGGAUACACAUGAGAGCAUUACAUAUUAGGCAAGUCAAAUUACAAUGAACUGAAAAAUCACAGAUACAUAAAACUCUGCAAUAUACACAGUAAGGAACUUAUUUUAAGAAAUACAUAUCUUUUGUGUAAUGCAUCCCCCUGGUAAUGGACAACGCUCAAAACUAGUCCAGGGAAAUAAAAUACUUGUCGAACAAUUAAUUAAAAAGGUGACAUAUUUACAAUUUCUACAAGCUGCAGAGCACCAAAUGUUUUUCUUUUUACUAUACUUUGCUGUCUUUCGUUCAUAUUUUGUUAUUGAUUUCCCAAGUACUUCAUUUGUUGUGUCCUCAUUAGAUACACAGCCUACGAUUUGUUUGUCAUUACAAACACAUGAGUUUGCUCCUUUUUUUUCAAACUAGUGAUUGUUCAGUUUCUUAAUUAGCAUAAAUUUUCUUUAUUGCUAAUAUUUCAUUUUUAAGUGUUUCUAUAUCACUCUGCAUUAAUGUAAUGACUUUGGCUUUUAAAUUAACUGUGCUUUGUAAUUCUGCCUGUCAUGGCAUAUAUGAGGAUAGUCAUUAUUUAUGAAUUUCUUUCUCACUUUGCACAUUCUUCAUGUAGCCAGAAAUUACAGACAACACAUAAGAUGCCUUUGAUACAUGUUUUUGAUUUCUUACAUAUCGAACUUUUGACUUUUUGAUGAGAGUGCUGUGUUGUUGCACUGUUUUCUUGACACGAUAUUACCAAAUCAUAAGGUGUUACGUCUUCGGACACACACUACUUUGCAUAGUUACAUAGCUAAUCUGUAGUAGCAUUUACUUUUCUAGUAGUUCUCUAGGCCUUCUUCAGUAUUUUUUUUAGAUUUGGGUCCAACUUCUCCUUCCAAAAUGUAUUUAUCAAUUUCAUGCCUAAGUAAUGAGGAAUUCUUUCAGAUAGUUUUAGUCUGUGGCUAGGCAACAUGUGAGCUGCUUUACAUCCCGUCUUAUACUCAUGCAAGAAGCAGUUGCUCUCCAAAGGUUUUAGGUUUCUCUGUGUGAAAAUGAAAUAUACAUAUUCUUGGAAUGACCAUUAGACUUAGAUUUUCAAAUAAAGGUUUGCGCAUUUAUUUCUCCUUAGCUCCCAGUGUGGCUCAGAUGACCUUUAUCUGCAGUCUAAAAGUGUUGAAUAUAUUAGUUUACUCAAAGACCCAGAAAAUUGUACUAUAUCUAAUGACUAAAACAAAUUAUGCAUAAUACAAUUAUUACAUCUAAACCAGUGAUAUUACAUAAGACCUUCAUGACAUAAACAAGACUGUCCAGUGACUUGGUAUACUGUGCACGUAAUUACUCCACAACAUAUUUUUAUUUACUGGAACACCAAGGAAUUUUGUCCAUAUGGUGUAUUCCUCCUAUAUAUUGCACAGUUUUUUGGCAAAUUGAACUAUUACUGUUUAAUUUCAAAUUGUUUGUUUUGACCUGUGUCACCACUUUCCCUAGGGCCUACUCAAAUAUGGUGGAUUGCUGUUGAGUCAUCUACACAAAUGGUAUUAGACUGGGUGUGGCAUGGCAUUCAUAUCAUUGAUAUAAUACAAAAAUAAUAGUUUCCCUAACAUUCAACCUUGAGAAAUACCUGAUUGUGGGUGUUUGCAACCAGAGAGGAAUUCCUUGCCACUGUUAUGAACAUAUAAUUUUCUGUUUCCCAAGAGAUUUUCCUUUAAAGUCAUAGAUUGUCAGUUUGCAGAAAAGCAAGUUAUGAUUUAUAGUACCAAAAAGUUAAAUGAGGUUACAGAAGAUUCCUGGUGCACAUAUUCUAUUAUCACGGCCUUUGCUAACUUUAAUGACCAAUUCAUUUAUUGUAUGUGUUGUGCUGCUGCAGCCUUUCGUGAGACAGUACUGAUUGCAUAAAAUAAUGCUGUGGAAUGAAUUGUAAUUUUCUGACUCAUCACAUGCCACUCUUUCAUAUAUUUUUGAGAAAAUUGGUAACAGUGAGAUAGGUCUGUAGUUCCUCGUUUUCCAUUUUUAUGAAUUGACUGAACUUCAGCAUAUGUUUGUUGAUCUGGAAAAUAUCCCGUGUGAAAAGAGUGGUUGAUUAUGAGGGAGAGCUGGUGUGCAACAAUAUAACAAAUUACUUGUAAUAUUCUUGUGCAAUCUUUACCCCAACCACCUGAGUUCAGGUUUUAGAUGUAUUACCUUUACUGCUUAUUUUUGUCACAGAAUUUGCAUAUCAUAAAGCUUGUUGAUCAUUCAUUCAGAUAGACUGCCAAUGUUCAAAUCCACUAUAAAAUUAUUAAUGAUUGCAUUACCAGGUAAAGCAUCUUUAAAACUAGUUUGAUUUUUGAACUUCCACUUAUAUGUUGAAUAAUUGUUCUGUAUUGUUAAUGUUGGAACAUUUACGGUUGGAAUUGGCCUCUUUCUAUAGUUACACAGUGUGUGAGCAUUUAGGGUAAUGGCUUGUUUGUUUUUAUAAUUGCUUUCACACAUUAUUUUGUCAACAGCUUUGUUUAUAUCCAAUGCAAGUCUUGCCUCAUCAGAUCAAGUUAAGUGUCGUUCAUGCAUUGUGAAACUAGCUUUUCCAUAACUGUAGAUGCCAAGAAGAUUGAAUUUUUAAACUUUGAUCACAGAUGUUUUAAUUUUUGAUUUGUUUGACAAAUUUCAGAAUCAACACAGGCUGUGUCAAAUCAAAUAUCAUUGGCAGAGUUGUCAAUAUAACAUUUCAAGUCAACAUCAGUUGCAAGAUAAUGGCACAUCAUUGCAGUAAACAUUGCUCCAGCCUGCUAUGAGAGCAACAAGGUCACUUUUAGUAGAAAUGUCACGUUCCGUUUCUAUAUUGCUGAUCACAGUGAAGAACUUCACCUGGGUUAACAACAACUGAGACACAGUCUCUUUAGCAGAGUUUGAUACAAAGUUUGAAACAUUGUAUGCAUGGCUGCCUUCAAAUAUUUUGACUUUGAUUCUAUGGUGUAUUUGUUUUUGUGCAGCUUCAAAACUGUUAUUUGCAGAUUUGAUGUUUGUUUUUGAGAUUCCACUUAUAUGCAUAAUUUUAAUACAGCAGUGCUGUAUUUAAUAAUUACCUUUAGGAUAUGUGUAGUGCACUGUUCCUUGUGUACUAUUGGCACACUAUUUUUCUUUCUUUAUUUAUUUAUUUACAUUGUCCUUUCCUGUUUCUUCAAAUGCUGCACCUUUUUUGGUUACAUGAGAGCUAAAUGUAAUGAAACAUGUAUUUUUGUCCACUUUGAAAGUAUUGUUGUUUCUCAGAAUUUUGCAUUUGUGUUCUAAAGCAGCACAUGUCAUUUGUAAAGUUUCAUUAUACUUUGCAACUCUUUAAUUAUUGAAUUCUUGUCUUUGAUAGUGUUUAAGUACUUUCUUUCACAUUUUUUCGUUACGCAAGCAUCGCAUGACCGUGAGUAGUAUACAGUUACCAAUUUUAUAUUUUAUUUUAGAACACUUUUCAUGAAACCACCAUUUACAAAAUUUGCAUUGAAUACCUCUCUUGAUUUUUUUUUUGGCAACUUACAAUUAUUACCACAUUUUAAUUCAUUUAUUAAAAUGACUGCCAGAACAGAUCGUUUGUAAGCAGUGUGGCCAGUUUUCUUCUCUAUAUACUUGUCCAAUAUGAGUGUGGCUCAAAGUCUAAUAAUGUUGUAACUGACAGUAAGCUAUAAACUAAUUUUCUGUUCUUUCUUUUCCCUUCAAGAGGCUUUUUUAUUGGCAUUCUGACAUAUUAAUUUUCCUACUCAACCCCCCCCCCCCCCCUCUCCUGCCCCAUUUUCUCUUAUUGGUGGGCAUCAAUGAAAGUUUGUUCAGUUCACUUAUGUUUUCAUUAUUCUGCCAUAACUUGUUUCUAAAUUACAUUAAAUUUCUUGCCUUACCUUCAUGGUGUCUUGGCAUCUUUUUGCAAGUGACACUUGUUCAUAAAGUGGGCAGAUAAGGUUGUUUUAAUUUCUUUAUUGACUAGUGAUAAGGUUUGUGCAGGUUAGUAACUUUUUUGUCAACAGACUUCUCACUGGUUUGAUGCAGUCCACCAUGAAUUCCUCUCUUGCGCCAACCUUUACAUCUCAAAGUAGCACUUACAGCCUAUGUUUACAGAUCCUUUUGUGAAGUCCAAUCGUCCUGUCAGUGUUUUCCAUUUAUUCAUUUCCUCACCGAUUCUUUGGAGAACCUUAUCAUUCCACCUAAUUUACAGUAUUCUUCUGUAGCACAACAUCUCGUAUGCUUAUGUUCUCUUCUGUUCCAGUUUUCUCCAGUCCAUGUUUGACAGCCGUACAAUGUAGUGCUCCAAACUUAUAUUCUCAGACAUUUUUUCCUCAAAUUAGGACAUAUGUUUGACACUAGUAUACUUCUAUUGACCAGGAAUAUACUUUUUGCCAGUGCUAGUCUACUUUCUUUUGCCCUCCUUGCUCUGUUCAUAAUGAGUAAUUUUGCUGUCUAGGAAACAGAAUUCCUUAACUUCAUUUACUUUGUGAUCACCAGUUAUGAUGUUAAGUUACUGUUCUCAUUUCUGGUACAGCUCAUUAGUUUCAUCUUUCUUUGAUUUCCUCUUCACUUGGUUUAUGUAAUCCACUGUUCUGCCUAAACAUUGAUGGGAUAUUGAUAAAAAUAUUAAUUAAUAUUUGAGUUUUAAACAAAUGACUCAAGAUCUACUAAAUACCUUAACUGUCAAAAUAUUAGCAUAAAUGUACCAAAUUUUCAGUUGUGUGAUUAGGAAACUAUACAAACAGAUAUAUGUGAUAGCUGGUUUGACAAGCCACAGGAUUUGUUUGCCACAGUGGUGUCAAAAUCGGAAACGUCAUGCUCCAUCAUAGCUUUUCUGGAGAUUGAUAUUUGUAUACAUUGUAAUUUAUUUUUGUUUCUUCAAUUCUGUCCUUCAAUUUUGUCAAGCCAAUGUGUUAUUAUUGGGCUGGUGCUAUUUUGUGUUAUGUUGGUUGUUACUCUUAGUUAUGGUGAGAUAACUGUGGAACGCUGUCAUACAUUGUAAAUGAUAUUUUAGUAAUUACAUCAAAUCAAACUGAAAGUAAGAAAUACAUACUAAACACAUUUUAGGCCAUACUUAUCUUCUGUCUGUAAUAUUAUUUACUGCUUGUCUCUUUUAAAAGUGUGUAACCUUGAUAUAUGUGAAUCUUUUAGAUUCUAAUGUGAUAGUAGCUGUAUUUGAAUGCCUUUUUUUAUAUUAUGCAUGAUUAAAAAAAGUAUGAAUUGUAAUAGAACAGGAAAGAAAGUCAAAGUACUCCCUAAAAGUUUAAUCAUUUAAUUUAAAACACACACACACACACACACACACACACACACACACACACACACACACAC